AUGGCAUUACCUGCGCCUACCAAUCUAGCGACCAAGGACCUCUUCAGGCUCGACGUCUCUGGGGGAGCCGGUGCGGUUGGGAUGUGUGUAGGUCGAGCUAUUCUGGAGAGCGGAGGGGAUAUUGCCGUCCUUGACAUUCUCCCAGCUCCAGAAGUGAGCGCGUGGGAGUCUCUCGUGAAUACAGGUGAAUCACACGGAACAAGACCAAGUUAUGUGCAAGCCAACAUCCAGGAGGAGGAGAGCAUUAUAGACGCUAUCACCAAGCUUGCUGCCCAGCUUCGGUUCCCAAUUCGAGGUCUCGUGUGUUGCGCAGCAAUAUCAGGAGAAAGCGAUGCCUGCGAUUACUCUGCAGACGUAUUCCGUCAGAUACUUGACAUCAACAUUACUGGUACAUUUCUGACGGCCCGUAUUGUGGCAAAUGAAAUGCACCGCGCUGGAGUCUCAGGAAGCAUUGUAAUGAUCGCUAGUAUGAGUGGCCAUGUCAGCAACAGAGGGAUCAAUACAGCUGCAUACAAUGCUUCCAAAUCUGCUGUUCAUCAGCUUGCGCGAUCUCUUGCUGCAGAAUGGGGCCAUCCACAAAACACUUUUCCUGGAAGCACGGCGACAAUUACGAAUCCAACCCCAUCAACAGCACCUCGACCAAUCUUCCCACCCAUUAGAGUGAACACCCUCAGCCCAGGCCACAUCGAUACUCCACUCAGUGAGGCGGCGAGAUUGAGAGGGUUGACAGAUGCGUGGGCAGAUCAAAACAUGCUGGGGAGAAUCAGUCAGCCUGAAGAGUACAGGGCGCCAGUACUUUUCCUCUUGGGCGAGGGAAGCAGUUACAUGACGGGAGCGGAUCUUCUUAUAGAUGGUGGCCAUUGUGCAUGGUAG